AUGACCUUGACAUUUAGUCUGCAUGAUGAGGUCCCGGAACCUUCUGCCACAGCAGAAGGAUUGAAUGAAGAGCUGACGAAGAUGAGGAAAAUAGUACGAGCGGCAAAGGUGCACGUGUCUAGAGAUUUAAUAAGGUAUAUAAAGAAACUUCAGAAGAAGACUUCUCAUCUGAAUAGUUGCAAACGACUCGAAAAUAAGAUAAAGAAUAGAAUAUCAGAUGUUAAACUUCUUCAUAGUCUUUCAGUUGUUAGACUAUGCAAACGUUUACUGGCAGAAGACCCGACUCUCGAAUCAAAAAAUGGAAAUCGUCCUACUCAGGAGGAUCGGUUAAUUAUGCGUCUUAGAUCAUCUAGACCCGUAGCAGCUUUUGUUGAAUCAUUUCGAGGGAAUCAUAAAGACUGGAGGAGUCUUGUACAUUAUUUAUUUUACAAAAAUAUAUCUGGUAAAUGGAAGUCAAGAGAGCAAAAGAGUCGUAAUAGAAAAGUUCGUGGAUCUUUACCUCUGCCUCCUGCACCUGUUCAGAAACCAGACGAAGCUACAUCACAAGAAGAAAGUCUUUCAGUUGUUAGACUAUGCAAACGUUUACUGGCAGAAGACCCGACUCUCGAAUCAAAAAAUGGAAAUCGUCCUACUCAGGAGGAUCGGUUAAUUAUGCGUCUUAGAUCAUCUAGACCCGUAGCAGCUUUUGUUGAAUCAUUUCGAGGGAAUCAUAAAGACUGGAGGAGUCUUGUACAUUAUUUAUUUUACAAAAAUAUAUCUGGUAAAUGGAAGUCAAGAGAGCAAAAGAGUCGUAAUAGAAAAGUUCGUGGAUCUUUACCUCUGCCUCCUGCACCUGUUCAGAAACCAGACGAAGCUACAUCACAAGAAGAAAGCUAUUCUUCAUCAGCAUAUCGUAUUAACAAUGAAACUGAAGAGUCUAAAGAUUCUACAAAACCAUUGACAGUUCCCAGCAAUCCCUUCGCUGAUGGUGAUGAUGUCCUCAGUGAUGCAGAUUCUGAUUUAGCUGAAAUGAUGAUCACUCAAUUACUUGAACGAAAAGGUAUUAAAAAGUGCAAUCCGACUAAGAAUAACAGUUCGUCGUCAUCUAAAGAAAAAAUCACUCCUCCUGUCGACAGUAUUCCAUCUACAAUUGAAGCGAUGAAGUCUAAGAUGAGCAAAUCAAAAGAUCUCAGUUCAGCAUCGAAUACUUCUCAUGUUAAGAAGAAGCAGAUUUCAUCUCCGAGCUUAGAUGAAAAUCAGCCUAAAAAGUUAAAGGAAGAUCCACUUUUUGAAGAACUUGAUGAUCUUCUUGGAGAUGAUGAUAAAGAAGUUAGAAAAUCAUUUAAAAAUAAGACUUUUAAAAAUCCGCGUUCAAAACAAACAAAAGGAUCAACAAUCAGUUCAAGGCCAACUCCAAGGAGACACGAUUCUACAAAAUUCUCAAAUAAAUUAAAACCAAACACUUUACAAAUGCAUAAAACAACACCACCCGUUUCUACAGCACCUUUACCAUCUGAGUUGACAAAACCCGGAUUACAUCCGUCAUGGGAGGCGAAACGAUUAGAAAAAGCAAAAAUUGUUAAUAUUACUAAAGGUCCACCACCUGAAGCUAAACGUAUUGUAUUUGACGAUUAA